UACACGCUCGCAGCCCUUAACCUUCGGCCGUGGCAUGCUAUUUAUUUUUUUGUUUCACGGUCCCGAUACCGCACGCUCCGGCCACGCUUUCGAUCGGCACCGGCCCCGCCCUGUCGCCUAACCGGAUCCGCGAUUUAGAGGAUGCUCCUUUGCUCUCGUCAGGCUUCGUUGCACUGAUUAUGCGUUUAGCUCCUCGACUCACUCAUACGUCUAUUAUUUGGAUUCUUUAAUACAUUAAUUACAUGUCAUCAAUACAUUUGUUGGGAAUAUCAAAUAAAAAUCCUGAUGGCAACAAUAAAACCUUGUAUGUCUAUUAACAUUUAUAGUAUUAUCAAAUGUAACGCCCUUAGAGUAACGCCUGAUCGAAUUCAUUAGAAAGUGAAUAAAAUUUAGAAUAAAGAAUAAAGUACAUAUCAAUCGAAAAUUUGAUUAUUAAAUUUCGAAUACUAAUUUCCGAAUUAAUGAUUGGAAUCGAUUUCGGAAAGAAAAACAGGUACACUUAGAAAAGUUCAGACAUUUUAUUGUAUAUUUUUACAAUUCACAUUGCUUAACAAUCAUGAGUGAAGCGUACCAAAGCAAACAUGCGAGAGCACUUUUAAAAGUGUAAGUAUUUGCUCUACACGUCUCUCGGUUGGGCGUACUGCGUGCUAUCGCAAGGGGUUGAUUAAGCGUUUGGGGUUGUAGCCGGUGUUUUCAUGCGGGAUUCUUAAUUUUAGGAAGUUCGUGGAAAUACCUUCGUGAGGAGACAAAUUGUUGUGUCGUGGAAAUGUGUUGAUGUAUUAUUAUGUAAAAUUAUAUAGUGCCAUGCAAAUACGCCUUUGCAUUUUCCCACCCAUUUUUAUCUUAUCUUUCCCUGACAACGAUAUUAAUCCGCUACAAUCUGAUUUUACUUCGAGUACGUUGUUGCAUAAUUUUGAUUUAUCAUCUAUUGCAAUCUGAAGGAUACGUGUACACGUAAACUGUAUAAAAAAGGGCUAAUUGGAAUAUCGAUAUAGGGAUGUCUAAUUUCGAAGGAAACGAUCGUAAAUGUAGAUCGGUCGGAACUCGUCGACAAUCGAGGGGAGGAUCGGUACUUGGAACUCGAUCGCGCGCGGCGCACCGUCGUCAGUUGAAAGUCUCGGCCUUCCUCUGUCAUGGCUGCGACUCUCCGGUUUGCCGGGGCUGCUCGUAUCGCUAACCAAAACGACUACAGAGCUGAGGACGCAAAAGAGGAACGUAUCGGUGGCAAGGUCGGGGCACAUGGUGGCCAGCGACGCGGGGAUCGCGUGGCUCGUCCGCGAGGCGAUGGACGGCCGCGGCAGGUUAAAGCUCGGGAAGCUGUCACGCAGCCGAAUGUCGCGGGUCGUAGUUUCUACUACCAAGCUGAAGCAGUGCGCCAGAAAGCAACCGGCGAAAAUAAGGAAAUGCAUGUGCCUCCCAUCAAAUUACGCCCUCGUCGAGUUCCCCGUUGUCUGGUCCGAGCUUAGAGCAAAGCAGCAGCUGUGCGACGGUGCGAUAAUAUGCGCCAAGGGCGACGUCUUCCCGGUGCAUCGCGCCAUACUGUCCGCGGUCAGUCCGUACUUUAAGGCACUUUUCACCAACAGCCUAAAGGGCGGGAAGACCGAGACGACGGAGGUCGCGAUAGACACGGUCCCCGGCGAAAUUUUCAGUCUGAUACUCGAUUACGCUUACACCGGCACUUGCAACGUCACCGACGACAAUGUCGAACAGCUGUUGCCGUUGGCUGAUCAGUUCGAAGUGCUGGGUGUCGUCCAGCUGUGCUGUCAGUUUCUGCUUCAGGAACUUCGGCCGGAAAAUUGUUUAGGCAUAUUUAAAUUCGCUCGUCACUACUUCUGCCUCGAUCUGGAAGAGAAGGGCCGGAAAUACAUUCGCCAUCACUUUAAGCGGAUACUGCAAGAGAGCCCGGAAUUCAAAGAGCUGACGGUGAAUGAACUCCAGGCGAUACUACGUGACGACGAGCUGAACGUUAAAAACGAGGAAAUAGUUUUCGAGGCCAUUAAAACCUGGUUGGAGCACAACGUCGAGAAGAGGAGGCCCUAUUUGCCGAGGCUGUUGAAGUGUGUGCGGUACGGUUUGAUGAGCUACAACUUCUUUACAACCAAUGUCCUCAGGUGGAAGAUCUUAGAAGGGGACGAGUUGUGCCAGAGAGUUUUGGGUGCCGCUAAGCAAUACCUAACCGAGCAGGAAGCGAAGCAGGGAAGCGGCGAGGUCGAUUUGAAAAAUCCCUUAUCGAAGCCCCGAAUCCCGUACGAGAUCCUGUUCGCGAUCGGUGGCUGGAGCGCCGGUUCUCCGACGAAUUUCGUCGAGACCUACGACACAAGAGCUGACAGAUGGUUUCUAUCAGUGAGCACGGACGCGACGCCGAGAGCUUAUCACGGCCUGUGCACUCUCAACAAUUUGAUCUACAUGAUCGGCGGCUUUGAUGGCAACCAGCACUUCAACACGGUCAGGUGCUUCGAUCCGAUAACGAGAGAGUGGCGUGAAAGGGCCUGCAUGUAUCACGCGAGAUGUUACGUCAGCGUUUGUACCCACGGAGGAAAGAUAUACGCUCUCGGCGGUUACAAUGGCCGCACCAGGAUGAGCUCGGGGGAAAGGAAUCAAUGGGAGAUGAUACCACCGAUGCAUCGGCAGAGAUCGGACGCGAGCGCGGCCGCCCUCCACGAUAAAAUUUACAUCGUCGGUGGUUACAGCGGCCGCGAGAUACUCGAUUCUGCAGAAGUGUUCGACAUCGAGACCAAUCAGUGGAGCUACAUCCACCCGAUGAUCCAUCCGCGAUCCGGCGUCUCCCUCGUCGCGUUCCGGGACAGCCUUUACGCCCUCGGUGGCUUCAACGGGUUUACCAGACUUAGUUCCGGGGAGCGUUACAAUCCGAGUCAUUCGGAGGAUUGGCACGCGGUUCCCGAGAUGUUCAGUCCCCGCAGCAAUUUCGCCACGGUUAUUCUGGACGAUAUGAUAUUCGUCGUCGGGGGUUUCAAUGGUUCCACGACGAUUGCUUAUGCGGAAUGUUAUGAUGCGGACAGCAACGAAUGGUACGACGCGUCACCAAUGAAUUUGAACCGUAGUGCUCUUAGCGCUUGUGUUAUCACCGGUCUCGCGAACGCGCGUGAAUACUCUUAUCAUGGAAAGGCGCGAGAUCUUGGUCAAGGUCAAGCUUCGUCCGAGAAUCAGCAGAAGACUGUACAGGGUGGAGAAGGCGCAGUGGAAACGAACGCAAACAUUUCCGCCGAGGAAGGGGAGACGGUGGGUUUCGUUGAACACGUUCAGAGGGAAGUCCCGAUCAACGAGAUGCCCGAGAAUGUCGGCAAUUAUCUGUGAUACUACGAGGAACGUUGAUCAACGCCCAAAACUUGAAAAUAUAAAAAGAUAUUUUUUUUGUUUCUCAUGGGGAAUCGUCGCACGAACACCGUUGAAUCCUUGUACUAUCAUCCUGUCAGAUGAAAUUCUGUAGAAUGGACUAUACAAUUCUAUAAGCCGCGAGACAACGAAUAGUAUUAUAUUUUCCAUAAUUCAAAGAAAUAGUUCCAUGAUAGUACAAGGUUCUUGAGUAUUCGUGAGCCACAAAAAAUGAGUUGAAAACAGGCGAAUUGAAAAAAAAGAAAAUAACGAAUAGGACCAGGCGUCUAGGGGGAAAAAGAUUAUGGUAGGUAUUUCUUCAAGUUGAUCUUCCUCUUUUUUUAUAGCGUGUUUUAUGUAUGAAAUUAUCGCGUAGGAUUACGCGGGUUUUAACUAAAUUAAGUCUUUCAAUUUUAAUCGGAAAUCGGACAUUUUUUUUAAGGAGUAUUAUUUUUCUGUUACCCACUUUUUUUUUUUAUAGAGGACACUUGCGCCUCGCGAAAUUUUUUUCGGGUUUCCCAUCCGCAAGCGUCGCGAUUUUAUCGAUUUGCAUACUUAGAUAUUUAGGAACUAAGCGAUUUAUUUUAUUAACAAACUUGGAACAUCUUUUCUUUCGUUCAGAUGUUUUUUUCUCUCGCGAGAUGACACGAGAGGUAUACCUGCACGGUUGGUCCGUACGGUGUAUCAGAAUUUUGGGUUACUUUUUUUUUCUCAUUUUUUUAAACCAUUGAUCGAGUCUAAAUUGUUAUCUUUUUUUUACGUGAACGUCCUUUUCAUCCCUGCACGUGUAUCUCAAUGUAACAAAAGUGAAAUGUUCAUUGAUCGAGAUAUCCAGAUGUGCCUUGGUCUGUUAUUUUAAUCAGAAAUAAAAACAUAUCGAUCACUAAGUUGUUUGUUCUUCGCCAAGUAAGACUGUUUAAUUAAAAUAGAGAUACAAAGGCGACUGCUG